AUGGCGGUCGACAUACCUUUAUCUAUGGAAGCUCAAGUAAAAGCUUGUUUACAAGUAUGUUUUCUCAUCUCAAUCUUCUUCUCUCCAACCCUGAGAGAUCCUAUUUGUAUUGAGACACUUUCCCGACGAGAGAUUUGCCCAUAGAAUAGCCUAUCAGUUAACAAAUAUAUUGUGAAGGUUAAAAAGAAAAAUAAAAAAUAUUGUAUAGUCUGCACAAGCUAUAGUCGCUGGAAAUGACAUUAUGUAGAUUAAAGUCUGGAAAGAAAUCAAAGUAUAUAGAUUAAAGUCCUGCACGUGGAAAGAAUCAAAGUCUACGAAUUCCAUUAAUGACAGAUUAAUAAAACCUAUCAAUUAAUUAUACUUGCAAAUAUUUAAUAGAGUCCUAUAAAGACCUAAGAAAAGACAUUACCAGUCAAUAGCGUAUAUCUUGUAGGAAACAACCAAAAUCUUUCUCUUAUCCUUUUUUGGCUUUAUACUCAUAUACUCAAAUUUGGUAUUGACUGGAUUAAGUGCAUGAAUGUGUGAUGAAUAUAUAAUUUAUAAGCAAAGCUCAUAAGUCAGAUGGAUUCCAUAUUCUAGAGUCCCCAAUUUCUAUCUAUCUUAAUUUGAGUAAAAUCCCCGAGACAAUCGAUAAACUGUGUUGUAGAAGAUAAGCAUCGAGGCUUUCUCCUAUAUAUACUCUGCUAAAAAUGAAUAUGUGGAAGCAACACAUAGAUCAGGUCUUAAUAUGUAUUCAAUUGUUGAGUUUGACAGCUCAAAAAUAGGGGUAAAAGGUUUGGUUGAUGUAGGCAUACAACAAGUUCCCCACUUCUUUAUACAGCAUCCACACAACCGCCCAUUUCAACUUCCCACCCACCCACAAAUUCCCCUUGUCAGCUUCCAUGAUAUCCAAGGCUCUCGUCGUCCACAGAUUAUCCAACAAAUUCUGCAAGCUUGCAAAACAUGGGGCUUCUUUCAGGUCGUGGAUCAUACAGUUCCUGUGAGUGUUAUGAAGAGUAUUCUGGAAGCUGCAGGGAAAUUUAAUAGAGAAACCCAUUGAAGAGAAGAUGAAGUACUACUCUCAUGACUACAAUAAUCCUGUAAAAUUUGCUCCCAGCUUUAAUCUCCACAAGCAAACAGCUGUCGACUGGAAGGAUGCAUUGCGUAUGACUUAUGCUCCAGUUUCCCCUCAAUAUCAGGAAUGGCCUGCUGCUCUAAGGGAAGAAAGCAUAGAUUUCUGCAAACACGAGAGGAAUUUUGGUGCAAUGCUGCUGACUUUGCUAUCAGAAGCACUUAACCUGGCUCCUGAUUAUCUCACAGAGACCAUUAAUUGUAUGGACCGUCAAAUUAUGAUGAUGAAUUUUUAUCCACCUUGUCCUCAACCAGAUCUCACACUUGGCACAUCAAUUCAUUCAGAUAUGGGAAGUAUAACAGUGUUACUGUUGGAUGAAGUGGGUGGCCUCCAAGUUAAACAUAAUGGUGACUGGGUGGGAGUUGAUCCAAUUCAUGGAGCUUUUGUUAUUAUUAUUGGAGAUCAAUUAGAGGCAUUUAAUUCUUCCAGUUUUGUCAUAUAUAUGCAUGCUAAAUUUUAUUCUGAUUGCUGUAUUUAAGCUAAUAAUUUUCAUUAUCUAUUUGUAGCAGAUAUUGUCUAAUGGAAGAUUCAAGAGUGUGGAGCACAGAGCUGUGACAAACGAUGUAGCAGAACGAGUUUCUAUUCCUACAUUUUUCAGUCUAUUAAUGGAAUACCAUGUGAAGAUUGGGCCGAUCCCUCAUUUGCUGAAUUCAGAAAAACCCCCACAUUACAAAGAAAUAGGUGUAUAUGAAUAUGCAAAAUAUUACAUGAACAAUUCUGAUCAUAGCAAAAGUUGUCUUGAAAUUGUUAGGCUGAAGGAUAGGCCUUUAUAAUCUAAUAGUAGGUCUCAAAGGUCUAUUUAUGAUGUCUAUUGUAAUGUCUAGUAUUUGUACUAAAAAGAGGUGCAAUGGUUA